UUUUUUGGACACAUCUUCUUAUUCUAGAGAGAGAAAAACCGCAGCGGCAGCAGGUUGAAUCGAUGCAUACACGAACAAAUAUGUAUGUGUAUUUAGAGAGAGAAAGAGAAAAAUAGAGAGGAGAGAGAGAAGAGAGAGAGAGAAAGAAGAGCGAAGGGGAAACUAUUUGUAGUGAGAGAAAGUAUUAUGGGAAGCACCUUUCUCUCUCUACCAGCGAAACGUUCCCUAUCGACUAUGUCUUCUGACCCCAACCCCUACUUCGAAAACGGAUCCUCCAAGCGCUCCAGGCCCCUUCCUCCUCCCCUCAGCGUUCCUCCCGCCCACGUCGCCUUCCGCAUGCUCUGCCAUGCCUCGCGCAUCGGCGGCGUUAUCGGAAAGUCAGGUGCCGUGAUCAAGCAGCUCCAGAAAACCACCGGAGCCAAGAUCCGAAUUGAAGAACCCCAAGUCGAAUCCCCCGACCGGGUCGUUGUGGUCAUCGCUCCGAGCACAAUCCGGUCAAAGAUUUGGCUCAAAACUCCAGCUCUCGGCAAUGUUAAUAAUGGUGGCGGUGGUGGUGUCGAAGAGGAGAUUGAUGUUUCCCAGGCUCAGGAGGCGCUUCUGAGAGUGUUCGAGAGGAUUCUGGAAGUUGCGGCGGAGACCGGGGCGAUUGCGGCGGGGGUUGGGGUGGUGUCGUGCAGGUUUUUGGCGGAGGCGGCCCAGGUCGGGUCAGUGAUAGGAAAGGGGGGGAAGGUGGUAGAGAAGAUUAGGAAAGAAACUGGUUGUAAAAUUAGGGUUUUGAAUGAGAAGUUACCUGCUUGUGCUGCAGCCACAGACGAGAUGAUCGAGAUAGAAGGGGAUAUUUUGGCAGUAAAGAAAGCACUUGUUGCUGUCUCUGGCUGUCUCCAAGAUUGUCCACCAAUUGACAAGACAAGGAUGACUGGAAGCAGGCCUGAGGCAGUUCCUCGUGAAACUCUACCUGAUCUGCGUUUAGAUCAACUUUCACAGAGGAACUCAAUGCUUAAUUUGCCAAUCAGCUCCAUGAGUUAUGCUACAGGAGUUCGUCCAUCCUCAAUAGAGGCUGAAAGGAUCCCCACACUUGAGACAAAACAACAGGAAGUUUCUUUCAGGAUUCUUUGUGCCAAUGAUAGGAUUGGGGGUGUAAUUGGAAGGGGGGGUUCCAUUGUCAGGGCUCUUCAAAAUGAGACAGGUGCUUCAAUAAGUAUUGCAGCAUCUGUGGCUGAAUGUGAUGAACGAUUAAUUACUGUUUCUGCAUCGGAGAAUCCUGAAUCAAGGUACUCGCCAACACAAAAGGCUGCUGUUCUUGUCUUCUCAAGGUCCGUAGAGGCAGGCAUAGAAAAGGGGCGAGACUCAAGCUCAAAUAAAGGUUCACCCCUUACUGCACGGCUUGUAAUUCCAUCAAGCCAAGUUGGGUGUUUGCUGGGAAAAGGGGGUGCAAUAGUUUCAGAGAUCCGGAAGCAAACUGGUACUGGUAUACGAAUAAUAGGGGGUGACCAGGUCCCGAAAUGUGCCUUAGAGAAUGAUGAAGUUGUACAGAUUUCAGGAGAUUUUUCAAACGUGCAAGAUGCUUUGUACAAUAUUACUGGUAGAUUACGAGAUAACCUUUUCUCCAGCACAGUAAGUAAUUCUGGAAGAAGGAGCAGUUCAUCCAUGCUAACGGCAACCGAUACAAGUCCUUAUGGAAGACCUAGGGAUCCAGCUCUUAUUGGAUUUCAGCCAUCGUCAUCAGUUGGUGUUACUCAUGGUCUCAGCCGUCAUACAACACUAAUUCAAAGUAUGGAUCAUCUUGGUCUUUCCCAUAGUUUAGAUCAUCCUUCCCCACCAAGACCAUGGGCAUCACAGUUGGCGGCUUUCACAGAUGUUGGAAGGGGUUUGACUUCUCUAAAAAGUCGCACAGAAAUUGGCAGCAGCGGGAGCAAAUCUGCUAUUGUGACAAAUACAACCAUAGAGAUCGUAGUUCCUGAAAAUGUUAUUGGCUCUGUGUAUGGGGAGAAUGGUACCAAUUUGGCUCGUCUGAGACAGAUUUCUGGUGCCAAGGUCAUAGUGCAUGAGCCCCGUCCUGGAACAACUGAUAGGAUUAUUGUCAUAUCUGGGACACCAGAUGAAACCCAGGCAGCACAAAGCCUUCUACAUGCAUUCAUUCUUACUGGACCGUCACACAAGUAGUUGGUUUUGAGACAUGUUUGCAGGUGAAGACUCCAGUGGGUCGCUUGGUAAUCAAUCGGCUUUUGAUUUUGUCAAAUGUACAAUAGGAAGAUUCAGCCUUGAGGGUUUCUUUUUAAUGCAGUCCCGAGCUAAGCAAAAGUAAACUUUACUCUAUCGGCUUACCAAUAUGUUUUGUAGGGUGUUAAUCAUUCUGCCAUAUUGAUGUAUUCUUGAGAAACAAAGAGGAAAGAAUUUGACACGAGAGCGUUUGCUUAGUUAACUCAGUCUUUUAAUGAAUUAAUCUUUUUUGCUCAAUUACCUCUGUUUAUUGUAAUGUGACAGUUGAGGAAGAGGAAGACAAUGUGUUUCAAUUA